AUGGCGCCAAACAUGUCGCCCAAGAGCACGCCGUCAUGUGCGCCUACCUCGCCAGAGGCUCAAAACAUAGAGAGCGCGUUCGCCGACUACAACGUCGCUCCAGCCCCGUACUACAGCCUUGGAGCUGUCGCCGUAACCAAGACACCAUCAGAGGCUGCGUGUAACAGUCCAAUGUCGUCCAAUGUGGACUCGCUGCUGCAGGAUGUGCACGCCAUCUCGUCGCCGCCGAAUGUACCACAUGCUGAAGCCGUAUUCACUCGUGGCGCAUCUCCGCAGCAUCACCUCAAUUCGCCACCCGCGCAGUCCAAUGCCUCCACCACCUCCAAGGCGAAUCCGAGGAAGCGUGGUGCCGUGGAAGAGGAUGAUGGCAGCAACGAUCUGCAGUCUGCUACUGGUGCAAUUUCUCCCAAGCGCCAACGCCUGGCAGACUCAAUUCGACAAGGGGGUUUCUUUGACAUCAGUGGGAUCGAGAUGUACUCAGGGCACGUCUUCCUUUCGUCUAGUCCUGCACACGGUGAUACGCAACACGAUUGGGAAUACGACGACGUCAACAUCACGCCUGAAGAACUGGGCUUCACGGCUGCUACUGGCUUUCACCAAGGAUCUGUCUCAGCGCCAGUGAGCUACGAUGACACUGCAGCAUAUCCUCUGGCUCAAUCGCUCAGCGAUGGCUUGUUCGGCUCCACUGCUGGGCAAACGGGUCCGCCUUUCGACUCGUCUGCACCGUUUGAGUUGGGCACGAUUGCAGCUUGGGACAACUCUGUCGACACCGAGCGUCAGAUCGAUGCUGCUCUCAUCGAUGAUCAAUCACCCGAGUCAUCACAACCACCCAGUACCCUCAAUCAGAGCUCCACGCCUAAGCAAACAGGUCAGUCAUCGCAUUUGGCUACACACUACGAGCUAGGACCAGUUGGACCAGGAGAUCAUUCUGCGUUUUCAGGACAGCAGAUUGAUCUUGCUGAGCAGCAGGUGCCUGUCGUUAGCUCAGUCGCCGCGGUGAGCAACUUGACCCAGCCAAACACGACGCUUCACGCAGGCUCGUCCCAUGCAAGCUCGUCUCAAGUAGGCCAUCAAUCGCAGGCGAGCGUCACCACUCAAGCUUCCAGUCAAGCUGGCUCCAAUCUCAGCAGCACAGGCGCGCAGACUGCCACCGGAGCAACCACCCAGGCUGCACCUCGUCGCAGCAGACGCGUGAAGACAACCGACGUGCCAUUCAACGCGAGGCCUCCAAUGGGUCACACUAUCACCGCGAAGGAGAUUGCGUGUUUUGCAACGAAGUGGCUUACGCUGCCGGGUCCUGUGAUGCGUUUUCAGCGCAACGGGAUCAAGAGUGUCAUGCCAGCUACCAUGCACCUGGAGGCCAUCAAUCAGAGUGCAAACCAGGCACUGCUGAAGACCCAUAAAAACCGGGUCAAGCAAGAAUUUACCCAGGGAGGCCGUCUUGCUACGAAUCGCAGCAGCUGGGACGUGGACAGCGCGGUGGCACUUGGACCCGACAACGACCUCACUGCAAACCAGUGGCGUUUCAGAGAUUUCCACAAGCACCACAAUGACCCACAAAAUGCCAAGCAGCCAAAAGAUGCCUGGGUUGACAUUCCAUUAACCACCUUCUACGCGCACAUCCCACGUGCCAACUGGCCAACGGGUCAAGACCGCGGCGUGAUGACUCGCGUCUUCGAGUAUGUGGUCGCCAAUGGCUUGACGGACAAGACGACUGCUCACUGGGACGAGCUUAUUGCCAACCUACCGAGCGAGCCUCUGCUUAAGGCGCAAGACGACACCCUGAACCUGGACCAGGAAGCGGCAGAAGCGUCCAGAACUCGUACAUGA